AUGCGGUCAUUUGCAUUUGCCGCAGCGGCAAUUCUCUCUUUGGUUAGCUCUUCGCAGGCCAUGCCUCAAAAUGGUGGUGGAGGAUAUGGAGGAUUCGGAGGUCAAGAAUCAUCAUCGUCGUCGAUAUCUGUUGCAGUUGCAACAUCAGCUACAUCAUCAGCUAGUUCCGUAUCAGUCGCUAAAGCAGUAUCAACAAGCACGACUGCCUGUAAUAACUCACCAGAACUAUGUAGUCGAAACUACAAUAACAUAACACAUAUGGGUGCUCACGACGUUGCAUUCCUUCGAGACUCCACGACUGGGUAUUCAACAUCAGGGAAUCAAUUUUACAACGCUACUGUUGCUCUAUCCGCCGGUAUUAGGUUGCUCCAAGCACAGGUUCAUAACUCGAACGGAACUUUAGAACUAUGUCACACAUCUUGUUUACUCCUUGAUGGUGGUAGUCUUGAAACGUUUCUCAAAGAAAUCAAAACAUGGAUGGAUGCCAAUACUAACGAAGUUGUCACUCUGCUCCUUGUUAACUCCGACGAUGAAUCAGCCGCUACCUUCGGAUCCGUCUUUUCAUCUUCCGGUAUCGAUACUUACGGCUAUACUCCUACUUCUACCACUGCACCAAUCGCUACUUGGCCAACCCUUCAAACCCUCAUCACUGCUAAUACGAGAUUGAUUACUUUCAUUGCAAGCAUUGACUAUGAUUCCACAUAUCCAUAUCUCCUUCCAGAAUUUACAUACGUAUUCGAAACCUACUUUGGGGUUCUGUCUCUAGAUGCCUUCAAUUGUACUCUCCAACGUCCUAGCAGCGUCGAUUCUGCCUCUGCCGCUGUCUCAUCUAAUUACAUGGGUCUCAUCAAUCAUUUCGCCGAUACAGCUCAAUCAUUUGGUAUCACAAUCCCAGAUGUAAGCAAUAUCACUACAACAAACUCCGCCGCUACCAACACAACAGGUGCACUGGGAACUCAGGCAAAGCAGUGCAAGAGCGAGUGGGGCGUCAAACCAACUUUUAUCCUGGUAGAUUUCUUCAACGUAGGACCUAGUAUCGACACCGCGGAUAUCAUGAAUGGAAUUUAUGGGAAAACUACGGGAAGGACAAACGUUAGUACGAGUGUUUUAACCGCCAGUAGUGAUUCCAGUAGUGAUUCCAAAAGCGGUGCCAGCUCUCUAGGUUUGGGAAUGUGGAAGAAUUGGGAAUGGAUGUGGGCUAUGAUUGGAGUGGUCGCAGUUGGGAACUUGGUCUGGUUAUAG